UUUACUUCAAGCAUGGUUUCCUAUUCGUAACUUGUCAGUGUGCAUCGAGAUCGGAAAAAUAGCAGUAGCAAGACUAGUUACAAUUACUUAAGCAGUCAAUAUGAGAGAAAUUGUACAUCUUCAAGCCGGUCAAUGCGGAAAUCAAGUUGGUGCCAAGUUUUGGGAAGUAAUCUCCGAGGAACAUGGAAUCGAUCCCAGCGGUAUCUACAUUGGCGAUAGCGAUUUACAGCUAGAAAGGAUUAACGUCUAUUACAACGAAGCCACAGUCGCUACACGCAACAAUGGAGGAAAGUACGUACCAAGAGCAAUUCUUCUCGAUUUGGAACCGGGAACAAUGGAAGCGGUACGAUCUGGAGCGUACGGCAGAUUAUUUCGACCCGACAAUUUUGUCUUUGGUCAAUCAGGCGCCGGAAAUAAUUGGGCGAAAGGUCACUACACCGAAGGUGCCGAAUUAGUAGACGCAGUCUUAGAUGUCGUACGCAAAGAAGCAGAGAACUGCGACUGCCUGCAAGGUUUCCAACUAACUCAUUCUUUAGGAGGCGGAACCGGGUCCGGAAUGGGCACAUUGCUUAUAUCAAAAAUACGGGAGGAAUAUCCCGAUCGAAUAAUGAACACAUACUCUGUAAUGCCUAGUCCCAAAGUUUCCGACACCGUUGUAGAGCCAUACAAUGCGACCCUCUCGGUGCACCAACUGGUUGAAAACACGGACGAAACUUACUGCAUUGAUAACGAAGCUUUGUACGACAUCUGCUUCAGAACCCUCAAGGUGCCCAAUCCUAGCUAUGGAGAUCUUAAUCACUUAGUCUCCCUCACCAUGUCAGGAGUGACCACCUGCCUUAGAUUUCCCGGCCAACUUAACGCAGAUCUUCGCAAGCUCGCAGUGAACAUGGUCCCCUUCCCUCGCCUUCACUUCUUUAUGCCGGGAUUCGCGCCGCUAACAUCUAGAGGUAGCCAACAGUACAGAGCGCUAACAGUUCCAGAACUAACGCAGCAAAUGUUCGAUGCGAAAAAUAUGAUGGCCGCGUGCGAUCCCCGGCACGGCCGAUAUCUAACGGUAGCGGCGGUGUUUAGGGGCCGGAUGUCGAUGAAAGAAGUCGACGAGCAAAUGUUGGCCGUUCAGAAUAAAAAUAGCAGCUAUUUCGUCGAGUGGAUUCCCAACAACGUGAAAACGGCAGUGUGCGAUAUUCCCCCGACCGGUCUGAAAAUGUCCUCCACCUUCAUCGGCAACACCACAGCUAUCCAGGAAUUAUUUAAACGAAUCUCCGAACAGUUUGCAGCUAUGUUUAGACGUAAAGCUUUCUUGCAUUGGUACACCGGUGAGGGAAUGGACGAAAUGGAAUUCACCGAAGCCGAAUCCAACAUGAACGAUCUCGUCUCAGAAUACCAACAGUACCAAGAGGCAACCGCCGAUGAAGAUUACGAAGCAGAAGAAGAAGUAGCCGCCGACGACUUUAACUGUUAAUUUUAUAUUUUCUACUUACAUAAUUUAUAUUGAGAGAAGAAGCGCUAACCUUUAAAUUAGGUCUUUUCGUACAGAUUUCUAAUAUUUAGUCGUAAGUUUUAAAUUUCGUUAUUUAUAAUAGAAGACUGAAUUUUGUAAGUUUUCACGGUAUAUAAUUAAAUUGCAUUUAUUAGUUGAA